GAUGCUUUUAAGAAAGGAGAAUAUUUUUAAGAGUGAAUCAGAAAUUAUUAGAUUCCAUUUUGAUAAUAGAUAUUCUUAUUCAAUUUAUUAUAAAGAAAAAGAUAAAGGAGACAUAUACUAAUGUAAUAAAUAUUUCUAUAUAAAAAUACUCCUUUGUGAUUUUGUAGCAAUGGAUUAACCAUUCCCAUAUAUAUUUCGUUAUUUAACUUUAAGACUUGAGAAAGUUGAGUCAAUUAAUUAAGAAGAGCUUUUGGCUUAACUAUUAAGUGAAAAAUAUGUAAGAAAUUAUUUAUUGACAAAAUAUAAUUUAAAAAUUGGAGUUGAAUAAACAGGUAAUCGAAUAACAAUAACAAGCAUUCCAUUAUCUUUUGAUGAUAUUACAAGAGAAUUAUAUUAUAUACCUUGGGAGUAUGUUGUAAGCUCUUCUUUAUCAAUAAUAUAUAGAUACAGAAAUUACUUAAAAAAUGAAAUCUUAUAAAUGACUUCAAGCAGAGAAUUUUAAGAUUAUAAAUAAAAUUUAAAGGCAGACACAAGGCUUUAUGUAUAAUAAUCAGAAAUUAUAACUAAAUUAGAAAACAUUUACAAAGACAUGUAAAAAUGAGUCAACUUUUUAUAUUUCAAC